UGAACAUCACAUCUCCGAUACGCCGCGAUAAAAUAAUUGAACUAUGAAUCGCAGAUUAUGGUGUGGGAUUACUGUACUUUCCGUCGUUGCGCUUGUUUUUGUAAUGUCAACUAACUAUAAGGGCUUACUUGUCAGAAAACUGGCGGGAAGAAAAGGCUUACGCCGAAUAAAAGAAUACGGAAUCAUAAAUGAGGACAAACUUAAUCGUGAACUGUAUGACGGUGUGGAAAGUUUUUUAAUGUUCAUUGGCUAUCCUCGCAGUGGCCACACCCUUAUCAGCUCCUUGUUAGACGCUCAUCCUAACGCCAUAGUUGCUAAUGAGUUUGAUGACAUUGGUGAAUGGCAAAACUGGAUCCCAACCAACAGAAACAAGUAUUUCCUCUUUGACCAGCUUUACCUGAACUCCAAAAUGGAAGCUGAUACUGGUUACCGUUCGGCCACGGUCCAACAUCGCUUCAAUUAUUCAGUGCCAGGCCAAUGGCAGGGAACAUUUGAUCAAAAGGUUUUGGUAAUGGGAGCCAAAAAGGGGGGUCAUACCACCAGACGACUUAUGAAAAGAGAAAACAUGAAAUUACUGAAAGACAUUCACCGAGUUCUGAAAAUCCCGAUGAAGUUCCUUCAUGUCGUCCGGAAUCCUUACGACAACAUUGCAACCAUGAUGCUAAGAGAUCUGAAAAAGAGACCGGACGCCGAAGAGAAGAUCAAUGAUCCCGAUAAUUUGGAUAACCAAAUAGCAAAAUAUAUGUCUUUGGCAGCGAGAAACAAUCAACUAACGAAAGUGCUCCCUGGGGAUGUUCAUGAGAUCCACAGUUCAGAGCUGAUCAAAGAACCAAAGAAAACUCUGCUGGGAAUUUGUCAGUUUUUACACCUCAGUUGUGAUCAGAAAUAUAUCGAGGAUUGUUCCAAGAGAAUAUAUCCAGAGGCCAGUAAAACGCGCUAUAAUGUGAUUUGGACGGAUCAGCAAAGGGAAACGGUUAGAAAAAAACUGCAAAGAUUUCAAUCCACAAGAGGCUACGGUUUCGACGAUUGAAUUUUACUACGCAAUAUUAACAAAAUUUAGUUUUAAGUUUUUAAGGGAUAGACAUCCUAAGCUUGUCGUUCUCGUUAAAAUAGACAGUCAUCUCCAUCUCAACCUCUUUUACAGUUUAUCGACAAAACGAUCGGGGAGGGACGGUGGGGAGAUCGAUUGUCGUCAACAGGGGACUAUGGAAAAUUGACUGCCCCAGCAAUGAAUAUUGACUGGUCCCUAAUAUCAAGACUUGCAUUGCAGCCGGUGUUUUAACAUUAUUGUAAAAAGGACUAAGCUUAGUGUUGAUCCUAUAUUACUCAUUUGCAUGGCAUUCAUUGUUAUCAGUUUCCCCUUUAACUAACUUAACCGAACAUAUAAUCGGUUGUUCAUAUAAUUUGUAGCUGUGUGCUUUUUUAUCGAUUAAAGGUUA